CAUCAGUUCCCUAUGUUCGCUUCCUCUUCCUUAAUACACCACUCUGCUUCCCUUCCUUGAACAUCUGUUUUUCUGCAUUUUCUUCCAUGUAAAUCUACGUGUUCUACCUUUUCAUGGUUUGCACUCUGUUAUUUUUCUUUCUUUUUUUUUUUUUCGUUGUGAUUCUUUAAUGGGGGCUGAUUUUAGUUAGAAAAAACAGUUUAAUGGGAUUAAUGGGUCACCUAAUCCAAUACCCACUUCCUUAAAUCCUCGCAUACUUUGUGCUAAACCAGCUCAAAGUUUCUACCUUUGAGGAUUUUAUGCUCUGCACUGAGCUAGAAACUUAUAAAUCCGAGUUUCAGCUUCUAGUUCUUUGAAAUGUCUUCUCUUGAGAUGUCGCACAUCGAUUUGGAGCAAGGGAAUCAUCGUCGAAGCGACGUUAGUGCUGGAGAAGUUAGCGUCUGCUUCUCUGACGCAGAGGGUUCCUGUUACUCUCAGUUUUAUUCCACUACCGGUGGCUCUUAUGAUGAUUGUCAUUUCGCUUGUGCUUCCGAUGGAGAGAUGGGUGGCAAUUCCGACUCUAGGAGGGUGUCGUCGGUGGCAGAUUGUUUGGUGGAGGUGGAGACUAAGGGUGAACCGCCGGAAAUUAAGGUGCAUUUAGCUAAGGUUGAGAGAGACUGUAGAAUUUGCCAUUUGGGUUUGGAGAGUAAUAGUCAUGAAUCCGGUGUUCCCAUUGAAUUGGGUUGUUCUUGUAAGGAUGAUCUUGCUGCUGCCCAUAAACAGUGUGCAGAGGCAUGGUUCAAGAUCAAGGGAAACAAGACAUGUGAAAUUUGCCAUGCUGUCGCACGCAAUGUUGUUGGAAUAACUGAGGUUGAGUCAACUGAACAGUCAAAUGAGAACAAUAAUUCAACAGCAACAGCAGCAGUCUCCACAGCAGUGCCCCAUUCAGACUCUCGAGGUUUCUGGCAGGGCCAUCGCUUCCUUAACUUCCUUUUGGCUUGCAUGGUAUUUGCCUUUGUCAUAUCAUGGCUCUUUCACUUCAAUAUGCCACAAUCAUAAAGUUCUUGGGCUAAGAUCAAAAUGAAUGAUAAAACAGAAUUGCUUUAAAUGAGCCACAGCUGAAUUCCUUGAAAUGGUGAUGAGUAAUUGGGAUUGUAGAGAACCUUGCAAUGGUUAAUAGGUAUUUAUUUAUACACGCUUAUCUUCCACUCCACACAUGUAGUUUACCUCCGCACAUUCCUCACAGUAAUCAGAGCUGCAUAUUGCCUUGUAUUCGAGGAUACAAUUACAAAAUUAAUUACUAGAUUUGGUGUUUGACAAAGAGUGGUUGAACGCUGAGCUGUUGGUCUGAGUACUGCUCUAGCUCCACAUACUUUGCAGUUUCCCCUUGUGUUAUAGGGUUGUGGAAAAUGGAUUGUAUAUGAUUUUGCUUGGCAAGAAAACAGGAUGAUCUUCAUGUAAUAGAACUCCAUUUCUUUU